AUGUUUGAUGAAAUAUGGACAGAAAAAUGGAAUUAUAAAAUUGAUGUAACAAUAAAAACAAUGAAAGUUGGUACAAUCUCAACACAAGUGUUUGUUGGUGAACUUGUACAACUAUGUGCUGUUUGUACGAAACCACCAGAUCAAUCGAUUUAUAUUGUUACUGAACUUAUGUGUAAUGAAAUUUUAUUAGAUUAUCUUUGUUAUGAACCUGGGCAAGAACUUGAACUAUCAACACUUGUUGAUAUAGCUGCACAGAUAAUUAUAAUAAGCAUUUUAAAAAUCGAUUAA